AUGCCAGCGCUCUGGCAAUCGUCUCAGCGACCUAUGUACAUUAGGACUGUGUGGGUUGACGGCUUCCGCCACGCGAUACUAACCCACGACGAUCCCUGCUACCUCAGAUUGAGCGCAAAACGAAGGCCUUAUUCAACGGCCAGCACGCAGAAGCAUUCAAAAUCACGAAACUCACGACUCAGUCAUACCAACGACGAGCUAGAGGACUGCUUGAGAAAAUUGCAGCUAGUAGUCACUAACGAAAAUGUGGACGAAUCUAGUGUAGAGAAACUACAUCUAUCAGACGUGAAUGAUUCUGAAGACGAGCUAAAUCCAACACCACAACCGUUAACCGAAGCCGAUACAGCUCAAUUCGAAAACAUGAAAGCUGUAAAAAGUAACCGCACAGCGAGAACCGAUGUCAAAGAAGACACCGAACUGUGUGACAGAGUUCUACAAUGGCUGGAUUUAGCGGGAAAAGUUGAACUUCUAAAAGACGACAACGUUGAACGAAUGGCCCAGCCACGGCACAGUUGGCCCGAAAUUCAAAAACGUAAUUUACUCAAAUCGAAAACAUCAGCGGAUUUAAAAGCGAGAGAGCCGAAGCAUACAGAGCAAAAAAGUGGCCCAAUCGAUAGACAUAUUUACGUGACAACAAAUACGAUCGAGAACUACGCACGACAGUCACGAAAUGCAAAAACACGACAGGAUUCCAAAGUGAGGGAGAGAAAGGUUAACGUGAAGGCAAACAUCGCCGAAACUCGACUGAAAGUGGCAACCGAGAGAAAUGCAGUGGAGAAACAGUAUGCCGAAUUAGUUAGUAAGAAAUUAAUACCGGACAUUGGCAAAGUCAAAAAACAAGUACAUAUAUUUAUGCCCGAAGCUCUACCAAAGCGUAACGAUUCGAUCAUAACGAACAGAACGCAAAGCCUACUUUCACAGAAAUUUUAG